GCCGUUAUUUGAAAGUCAGACUGCAAGUGAGACCAAAGUCAGACUGCAAGUGAGACCAAACGGACUCGACAGUUUAUCAUGUUUGCUGAUGGGAGGUCGGAACUUCAUGACAAAUCUAAUUCCACUUUUUUGUGAGUAACGCCGGGACAAAAAACAAACUAUGGACAACAGCAGCUCUGAGGAAUCGUAAUUUGGCUGCGCUCAAAACCACAGGAGUACAGCUCAACACGCCUGGUUACAACAUUUGAUUUAGAAAGGCACAUUUCUGCGCGUCGGGAAUUUGCGCUUGUCGGAUGCGUAAAGUUGAUUAAAAGCGUCAUAUUUCAGAUGCAUGCACUGAGUGUUAAAAUAUCCCCACUUUUAUAUCGAGGCAUGGAGGAAAGAUAAUGCAUCAUGGAAAUGUGACUCAUGUUUUAAUAGAAGUGACAGUUUUUGAUGAUCUAUCCAUUCAUAGGACGCACGUCAGAUCAGUCAAAGCGACAGGAUUAACAAACUUUUUGGCACCAUCUAAAGUGUUCCUCUUUUCGCACUGAUAUUUCAAAUUAUCAUCACCCCCCAAAAGCGUGUGCCCUGAUGUCAUGGGCUGACCUGGGGCCGAACAUUUGAUUGUGUGGGGGACAAUGUCGGGACCCUGCGUCCGCAUCCCGUUUUGGGUUCGUUUGUGUCUCCUGCUGCUCCUUCACGGCAGCGCAUCGGAGUGCAGAGUCACCGAGGGCUGUCCGGAGCUCCUCUCCAGCGGUUGCAGCUGCACGGAGGACCGCGCAAAAGCUCACCCUGCGCCCGGGGCGCGGAGGAAAGUAAGCUGCGGUGGAAAGGAGCUGACGGAAACUCCCGAAGUCAGUCUGCUACCCAACCGGACCGUUUCUCUAAAUCUGAGCAACAAUCGUAUCCGAGUGCUAAAGAAUGGCUCCUUCACUGGCUUGUACUCCCUCGAGAAAUUGGAUCUCAGGAAUAACUUGAUCAGCACAAUCAUGUCUGGGGCCUUUUUGGGUCUCACGGCUCUUCGAAAACUUGACCUAUCCAGUAACCGAAUUGGCUGUCUGUCUCCAGAAAUGUUCCAGGGACUUACCAACCUCACUAAACUAAACAUCUCUGGAAACAUCUUUUCCUCUCUGGACCCAAAUGUAUUUCUGGAGUUGCACUCUCUAAAGUUGGUGAACUUUCAUUCGGAGAUCCUGUCAUGUGACUGCGGGCUUCGUUGGGUCCCAGGUUUUUUCCGCAGCAGUUCCACCCGGCUUGGGGAUGAAACACUCUGUGCAUACCCCGCAAGUCUUCAAAACAAACCCCUGCGUCUCUUGAAAGAGAGUGACCUCAGCUGUGAGGGUCCAUUGGAGCUGCACACGCUGUCUCUGCUACCCUCACUACGGCAGGUCGUGUUUAAGGGGGACAGACUGCCUUUCCAUUGCACUUCUUCCUUAGUUGACAAAAUCACUGCCCUUCAUUGGCGGCACAACGGUCAGGCUGUCACCACUGACCCUACACAUGGGGUACAUCUGGAAGAAAGUGUCCAACAUGACUGCACCUUCAUCACCAGUGAGCUGAUCCUAUCAAAUGUCCACAUUGAGGCCAGUGGCGAGUGGGAGUGUGUGGUGUCCACAGGCCGUGGGAAUGCCUCGCGUAGUGUAGAGAUAGUGGUACUGGAGAAUAGCGCCUCCUUCUGUCCGGAGCAGAGAGUAACCAACAACCGAGGGGAGUUCAGGUGGCCCAGAACUCUGGCUGGCAUCACCUCCUACCAGUACUGUCUCCAGCUGCGCUACCACACCUUAGGGGGUGCUGUGGAGCAGAAGAGAGCAUCACGUUACUGCGACCGCACUGGAGGCUGGGAGGAGGGAGACUACUCUCAGUGCCUAUAUACUAAUGACAUCACAAGGGUGCUGCAUACGUUCAUACUGAUGCCUAUCAACGCCUCUAACGCAGUGACUCUGGCACAUCAGGUGCGAACAUACACUCUAGAGGCCGCUGGUUUCACUGACAUAGUUGAUGUUCUGUAUGUGGCUCAGAUGAUGCAGAAGUUCAUGGACUAUGUGACAGAACUGCGUGAGCUUUCAGAGGUGUUAGUGGAAAUGGGCAGUAACUUGAUGCAGGUAGAUGAUCAGAUUCUGGCUCGGGCUCAGAGAGAAGAAAAAGCAUGCAGUUCAAUUGUCUACUCUCUUGAGACGCUUGCUUGGCCUCAGCUGCACUCUCACGCUCAGGAUCUUUCCAUAAUUUCUCGCAAUAUUGUGCUUGAGGCUCACCUGAUUCGUCCGGCACAUUUUACUGGCAUGAGCUGCACAGCCUAUCAGAGGCGAGAAGGGACUGGAGGGAGUCAUGAUGGAAUAGAAUCUGCCCUUGAGCAGCAGCUGCGGUUCCGCUGUACCACAGGAACACAUAAUACCUCACUUAAUGCAUUUCCUCUGAAGAAUGCAGUGGCUCUUGCUUCAGUGUCUCUCCCUGCGUCGCUCUUUCCGCCGAAUGCUCCUCCUGACUGUAAGCUGCAGUUUGUGGCAUUCCGCAAUGGAAGAUUCUUUCCUUUUACCGGAAAUUUUAGUGGACCUUCUGACCUCACUCGUAGACGUGCCAUCAACACUCCAGUUAUCUAUGUUAGCCUUGAUGGAUGCAGCAUGUGGAAUCAGUCAGAUCCCAUUAUUGUGUCAUUACGACACACAUCACCUGGAAAUGACCCUGUUGCUGCUCACUGGAGUUUGCAGGCCCUGGAGCAUCAUGGCAGUUGGAGCCUAAAUGGCUGUCAGUUGGCCCAUACCGAUGCAUCCAGCUCUACUCUGUGGUGCUCUGUGCUAAGCAACUCUGCUGUACUUCAGGAGAUGCCGGAUUUCCCAGGUUCUCCUUCAGUUCCAGUGGAAGUUCUGCACCCUGUGAUCUACAGCUGCACGGCAGUGCUGCUGCUCUGUCUGUUCACCAUCAUCAUCACCUACAUACUGCACCACAGUUCUAUCAGAAUCACAAGAAAGAGUUGGCACACCCUCUUAAACUCUAGUUUCCACAUCGCUAUGACGUCUGCAGUAUUUGCUGGAGGCAUCACUCUAACCGGCUACCCAGUAGUAUGCCAGGCAGUGGGGAUUGUUCUUCACUACUCUUCUCUGUCCACUUUGUUAUGGAUCGGUGUUAGUGCCAGAGUAAUUUAUAAAGAAGCUUUACUGAGGUCUCCACAACAGCUAGAAGGCGAGACUGCUGUACAACCACCCCAGCGCCCCAUGCUCAGGUUUUACUUGAUAGCUGGAGGUGUCCCACUCAUUAUAUGUGGAAUCACUGCAGCGGUGAACAUUAAUAACUAUGGAGACAACAUUCCUUACUGCUGGUUGGUAUGGCAACCCAGUUUCGGUGCUUUCUACAUUCCUGCUGGAUUGAUCAUUCUGGUGACCUGGAUCUACUUCCUUUGCACUGUGUUUUGCCUGAGGCACCGUAACUGCGAGAGCACCAAAGAUCCUCCUUGCUCCGCCUCCGAACCCUCCCCCUUGCCAGAAAGACAACCAGCACUCAGCGGCAGCUCCAGUCUACUCUCAACGGACUCUGUUGUGAGCCCGGUAUAUGCUGAGAUAAUGGUAGAAGACCAGUACUCGUUGAAGGUACAGUGUUUGGCACUGGCGACGAUGCAAUUUGUGUUUGUGGGGAUGUGGUGUUGUGGUGCUAUGGCAAUUUGGCAUGUUGACAGAGAGCGAAAGCUGUUCAGCUGUCUCUAUGGGGGAACUGCCACCGGAUUAGGGAUUUUCUUGGUGCUCCAUCACUGUUUCAAGCGUUUGGAUGUCCAGGCAUCAUGGCUAGGCUGUUGCCCUGGGUAUCGUCGGUCUCAACCCAUGCCAGCCUUUAGCCACCCCUGUACUGCAACUGCUGGGGUUCAAAGUACCUCAGAUAGGGACUCACAACUUUUUAUAGCCUGCCAUCCACCAACAGACCCAAACCAUUACUCUUCCUCUGCCAGGUCCUCAUCUACUCCAAGUGGAACUGGUAGCAUUGGUCCUGGGCCAUGCAAACUCACCAACCUUCUCCAGGUGACCCAAGACAAUGCUAACAACACCACCCGAGCACCAACAAGAACUAAUAACAGCACAAGCACAGAGAACAAUGUAAACAACAAGCCUGCCAAUAACAUGCCUCCCAGUCUGAGCAGCACACUGCCCACCCAGCAGCCUCAAAGGAGGAAGGCUUGUAGUAGAACCAAGGGUGGCAAUGGCCUGCAUCAUCACAGAGGCGAUAGCAGAGGGCACUAUCGCCUCAAAGCUCUCAGAGCAGGUGGAGGAGGUAGCAUGGGCGCUUUAGGACCCACUGGGACAGAGCAAUUAAAUAUCCACCAUCUACCCAAACAUGCUUCCACUGAUAAUGGAAGUCUACGGAACAGCCAUUCAGAGAGCCAAAAUGGGCCUCUGACCAAUGGCCGGCACAGAGGGGAAGGACUCGCCACAAGCCCUUCAGAAGGUAGUGACGGAGGGAGUAGUGAAUGUAGAAAACCUUUUCCACUGUUGCCCUCAGUGGCCAGUAGGGUCACCAUGCAGCAGAAUGCUCAACGGCGCAAUGCUAGCAAAGACAAUCUGAAACUGGCGGCUGCAGCUGAAAGAGAAUCUAAGCGGAGCUCGUUUCCUCUCAACAUGGCAACAGAUGUCACUGGGACAGUCAUAGCGACAGCCUCGUUGUCAGCUGUUUCAGUACCAAAUGGAACACUAAAGGGUUCCGUGAUAGAACUGGACACAAGCGGGACAGACCAAUCACAGUGUUCGGUUGGUAUGAAGAGCAGGGUUUGGAAAAGUGAGACAACAGUAUGAUAUUGAGCUGAGGGUAUAAUUGAAAGAACUGACAUUUAAAGUUUCUUGAAAAGCAUGAAUGGUGUGCUUUUUUCUCCACAAGAGAAACAGUUGGCUCCUUUUAUGAUCUACCUUGUAUAUUCACAGGACAGUUUACCCAAAAAUAAAAAUUCUGCAUCAUUCACCCUCAUGUUGUAACAAACCAAUGGCUUUCUUUCUUCCUUGGAACUGGAGAUGCUGAGCAUGUCGGCCUCAGUCUCCUUUCACUUUAAUUAAAUUAUUUUCCCAUACAUUGAAAGUAAAACAUUAUGCCUAAAGUGUUCUAAGGGAAGAAAGUUAUAAAAGUUUGGAACAACAUGAGGGUAAUUUCACCCAAUAAUGAAAAUUAUCUCAUCAUUUACUCACCCUAAUGCCAUCCCAGAUGUGCAUGACUUUCUGCAGAACACAAAUAAAGAUUUUUAGAAGACCAUUUCCGCUCUGUAGGGCCUUACAAUGCACGUUAAUGGUGACCAGUCCUUUCAAGAUCCAAGAAUCACAUAAAGGCCACAUAAAAGUAAUCCAUAAGCCUCCAGUGGUUAAAUCCAUAUCUUUAGAAGUGAUGUUAUAAGUGUGGGUAAUAAACUGAUAAAUAUUUAAGUCCUUUUUUUUUAUACCAUAAAUCUGAAACUUUCACAUUCUUUUACAUUUUGUACUGUUUCUCACCCACACUUAUCAUAUCAUUUCUACUGUGUUUGCCUCAGUCACCAUUCACUUUCAUUAAAUCCUUUUUCCAUAUAAUGAAAGUGAAAUAGUCUGCCUAAAAAUUUCCACAGGAAGAAAGUCAUACAGGUUUGGAACAACAUGCGGGUAAGUGAUGCCAGAAUUUUUUUUUUGUGAACUAUCCCUUAAAGCUUUGGAAAUCAUCUUUUAACUGUCCAACUGAAAGUGGUUGCCAGAUAAAAGUUCUUGUUUGUUGGCAAUACUUUCAGGGGCUCUUAUCAUUGUGGUGUCUUAUGAGGGACAUUAUGAAGUUAUGUUUUAUACAUAUGAAGAAAGAAAAGAGGUGUGUAUGCAAAAGUUUCGCAUUUAUACAAAUAUGCAAAAUUGUUUUUGUGAUUUUGUUUGUGUGUAAUACCACUUAAUCUAACAAUGUUUUAACACAAUGAACAAAUAUAAUUUUAUUUUGAAUAUACCAAGGGAUAUGUGGGCAUAAAUAUCACCUAUUUUGAUCUUUAUGUUUCUGACUAUGCAUAGCUACAAUAUGUUUGUUUCCCAAGUGCUUUGUUUUGUUGUUGUUCUUGUUUCUGUUGUGUUUAUUGUUUUCUGUUUUGUGUUGUGUGUUUUUAUUCAAUCUAUUUCAUUUAUGUAUCUGUAAGAAUGUAUGUACAUUGUGGUAUGCAAGUACUGUUUGACCAUUACAGUGUUAAUUCAACGUUAUUAACUCUAGCACUAAUAAGCAUGCAUCCUUUUAGUCAGUCCAACAUGAAUAGGGAAAACUAAGAAUUCCACACCAAAUUUCCUUGUGAUAAUUGGUAGUAAGAAUGUUGCUCUUUUUCUGCUGAAGUUGAGCAGAAAGCAAAAGCUUUGGAAAAAAAAAGAAAAGUUGAAUCAUAGCGCCCUCUACUGGGUAAUUUCUGCCAUUGAUCAAAUGCACUGAAAAUGAAUCCCGUUGUUGGACAAACAAAGUGAAAACUGCGGCAGUAAUUGGAUGAAGAGGGAUGAUUGUCCAUACUUGUUCUGUUGUAGUACCAUGUAUAACAUGGACAUUUUAGCACUUGGUUCAGGCCUGUUUUUCUCAAGUCGUAACCUGAUGGCUCAGGUUAUGGAGUGAGCAUUUUACGUAUGUUUUAUAAAUAAUGAAGUAUUUAUAUUAUACAUAUCAGUAUUAAUGUUUUGGUGGAAUUGUUAGUAUGCAAUAUUAUGAUAAUCAGUAUUUUACAGUAGAUUGGGGGCCUCAGUAUUUGUUAUAACACAUUGAGUUCAUUACCAAGCUUCAUUUAGCCCAAAACUCUUAGCUACAGUAUUACUAAGAAUUUGUAAUGCACCAAGAAUUAUUAUUACUCCCUUCAAAGCAUUUGAAAACUUCCGUUAUCUGAUGGCAACAAAUUUUCAAAAAUAAUCAUUAUUUUCAUAAUAUCCAAGGAAUUCUCAGAUCAGUGUGAGAUCAUUUUACUGACUGUUCUUUCAAGGUUCAUAAGGUACAGUUUUUAGUGCUGUUAUUUUUAGACCUUUGUCACUUUUUGACAAAGUCAGAAGCGAAAUGCAUCGCCUGUCUUUAGCGUAAACUUGAAUUGAAAUAAAAUAACUUUUAAGUGUGUUUUCAGGAAUGUUUGCAUGCCAAAGAUGCUUUUGAUCUAAACACCUUUUAACAUUAGUGAUGAGCUUACUUACAAUUUUGUAAAAUGCUACAGACAUAUUUGUAAUUUACCCGUACAAGCCAGAAAUCUCCCUUACAUUUGGAAAAUAUUCAAUAUUGCUAAAGAACAAAAGUCUAAAGUCAAGCAAAUAGAAGUUUGUGGCCUGCUCAAAGUAUGCCACAUGUAUGUAAUAUUUUUCUUAGAAAUACAUUUAAAUUUGGUGCAUCAUGGUUUCAUGUGACAUUGUGAUAUGCAUGAGAAAUUUCCUCUGCCUUUUGGUAGGCGUAGCUUCUGAGGGUCAGUAUAAAUUCAAUGUUAUUCUAACUAUUGUUUUAAUUGUCAUUUUGAUGUUUAAAAAAGGGAGUUUUCAAUACUAUUUUAAAUAUUUAUAUUUUUGUCACUCACAUCAAUCUGAAAAUGUUAACAGCAUUUUUGCACCGAUUUCAGUAAUAUAUUUGUUAUAGAUAUUAAGAUUGUGCCUUAUCAAUGAUCUGAUGCAAAAUAAAGGUUUGGAAAAAGUGCCAUAAAAUGUGAAUUAUUUUGUUUUAGAAAUGUACUAGAAUGCAUUGUGUGUGUUUUGAACUCUAAAAAUUGAACUCUACACGACUGAGAGCAACACACACUGUUUUGCAUUUGGCAUUUACGUAACUUCUGUCUCAAUGUAAUAUGUAAAUUGACAUCCACCAAAGCAAAUAAAGCCAAUCAAA